AUGAUGAUGAGGAUGAUGAUGAUGAUGAUGAUAUCAAGGCCCAAAGAAGAAGUUUCUGCUACUCGAGCUCCCGCAAAGCAUUACUCACCUCCACCAAGCAGCACCGGGCCAGGACUACACUCAUUUUUUCUCCUCAACAAGAAGAGAGAAGCAGCACAGCAAGCAACGCCGAGCAAAGCAAUGCAAAAGGAGGAGCGGCCGAAAAGAAAAGAAGGAAAAAGGAGUGCUCUUCGCAACGGGAGAAGAAGAGCAGCGCUCGCGCUCCUCACAUUUUGUCACUCGAGAGCCACCAGCUUAUUCGUCGAGAACGAAAGAGCAAACAAGAAGAAGGCGCGGGAAAGACCAAAGCAGCCAUGGCCAGGAAAAAAUGGGAGGAGGCGUCCGAGGAAGAGAAAGAAAAAAACAAGGAGGGGGAGCGGCGCCGCUACUGCGCCGCGGGGGCCCCAACGGCGGCGCCGCCUGUAUGCAUGUGUGCAUGGCAGGGAGCAGUAAAUGCACCGGUAC